CCACGUCCUAGCCCACAUACUAGCCCACCCCUAGCCUACGCCAGUUCUCGUCCACGUCCAGCCCAUGUCUAGUGCCAGCUCAACCCCACUUAACGUGCGCGCCCCAACCUAAUUACGAAUGCAUCCACAGUUCGGAGAUCCUAUAAAACCAACCCAUUUCCCCUUUCCACCCGCCACCAAUGAAAUUCGAAACCAAACAAGUCCACGCCGGACUCGAAAUCGACUCCACCAGAGCCAGAGCCCAGCCCAUCUAUGCCACCAGCUCAUUUGUAUUCAAAAACUCCGAGCAUGGAGCUGACCUUUUUGGCCUCAAGGAUCCGGGGUACAUUUACUCCCGUAUCGGUAAUCCUACCAAUGCCUCAUUUGAGAGAAGAAUCGCUGCCUUGGAGAACGGCAGCCUGGCGGUCGCCACCGCCUCGGGUCAGGCCGCCCAAUAUUUGACCAUUUCGUCCCUCUGCUUCGCAGGUGAUAACUUUAUCACCAGCUCGCACCUUUAUGGCGGUACCUACAACCAGUUCAAAGUUUACUUUAAACGGUACGGAAUCGAGGCCCGCUUCGUCCAAGGUACCAAUGUCGACGAUUAUGAGAAGAAAAUUGACCUGAAGACCAAAUUGAUCUAUGUGGAGUCCAUUGGUAACCCCAGCUACGACGUAGCCGACUUUGAAAAAUUGUCCCAAUUGGCCCACCGUUACGGUAUUCCCUUGGUGGUGGACAACACCUUUGGUGCCGGCGGGUACGUGAUUCGGCCCAUUGACCACGGGGCCGAUAUCGUGGUGCACUCUGCCACCAAAUGGAUCUCCGGUAGUGGUACCACCAUUGCGGGGGUGGUGGUGGACUCGGGAAAAUUCCCUUGGAAGGACCACCCCGAACGGUUCCACCAGUUCAGUCAGCCAUCCGAGGGCUACCACGGCAUGGUGUACAACGACGCGGUGGGGUCCGACGCAUUUGCUGUGUACGUUAGAACUGAAGGAUUGCGGGACGUGGGUCCUUCUCUUAACCCAUUUGGAGCGUUUUUGUUGUUGCAAGGAUUGGAGACAUUGUCGUUGAGAGUCGAGAGAGAAAGUUCCAAUGCCUUGAAGUUGGCCCAGUGGUUUGAAAAAUCCCCCUACGUCACCAAGGUGUCAUAUUUGGGAUUGACGUCGCACUCGAGCCAUGAACUAGUGCAAAAGUACUUGGCCAAUAAAGGGGUUUACGGAGCGUGUCUUUCGAUUGAGGUGAAGAGCUUUGACAAGCCGGUCGACAACGAUUUCAAGGAAGCAGCAGUGCAGGUGGUGGAUAAUCUUGAGAUUUUCAGUAACUUGGCCAAUGUGGGAGACUCCAAGUCUUUGGUGAUUGCACCAUAUUUCACUACUCACCAGCAGUUGAGUGAGAAGGAGAAGCAGGACACGGGAGUGACGAAGGGGUUGAUCCGGUUGUCUAUUGGAACUGAGCACAUUGAUGACUUGGUGGCGGACUUUGAGCAGUCGUUUGAAAAGGUAUACGGAAAGUAGGGGAAAUGGAAGUAGAUGCAAGUAGAGCACGGAAAAAUGUACGAAAGAGUGUACC